CGUCUUUACGCAGAUGUCGCGGUACAAACAUGUACUGUGGAGAGGAGCUCAGAGCCUCGCGUUGAUCUAACUCCAGACAGUUUGAGUGGAGCGGAGUGUUUGCGGUACGGCUGGAGAAGAUGGGCGCUUUGGAGUGAAGUUUGGCUCGUACACAGCCUGGACACUUCUCCGGGCUCUGCUUUCUCCGGACUCUUGGACACUCCUUUUUGUGUGCGCUGGAUGUGGUGGACCGAGUUCAGGAGAGAUCCCCGCAAACAUUCCCCAUAGCUCGUUUUUAGGAAAUGGCAACAGCUCUGAGUGGCCGAGCUCCAGGAGGACGAGGACCAAACCGGAGCAAGGGUCGGAUUUUGGGGAUCAUAGACGCCAUUCACGACGCGGUGGGCCCCCCCAAACAAGCGGCUGCAGACCGACGCACAGUGGAAAAAACAUGGAAGUUUAUGGACAAAGUUGUUCGCCUCUGUCAGAACCCCAGAUUACAGCUGAAGAACAGUCCCCCGUAUAUCCUGGAUAUUUUACCUGACGCCUACCAGCACCUCAGGCUAAUACUGGGCAAAUAUGAGGAGAACCAGAAACUCACACAACUCAGUGAAAAUGAGUACUUUAAAAUCUACAUUGACAGCCUGAUGAAGAAAUCCAAGAGGGCGAUUCGGCUUUUCAAAGAGGGCAAGGAGAGGAUGUACGAGGAGCAGUCUCAGGACAGGAGGAAUCUGACGAAGUUGUCCCUGAUCUUCAGCCACAUGCUGGCUGAAAUCAAAGCUCUGUUUCCUGGGGGACAGUUUCAGGGCGACACAUUCAGGAUCACCAAGGCCGACGCCGCAGACUUCUGGAGGAGAUUCUUUGGAGACAAGACAAUCGUACCAUGGAAAGUGUUCCGACAGUGCCUUCAUGAGGUGCACCCCAUCAGCUCCGGUCUGGAGGCCAUGGCCCUCAAGUCCACGAUCGACCUCACCUGUAACGACUACAUCUCUGUGUUUGAGUUUGACAUUUUCACACGCCUUUUUCAGCCGUGGGGAUCCAUUCUGAGGAACUGGAACUUCUUAGCUGUGACACAUCCGGGGUACAUGGCCUUUCUCACCUACGACGAAGUCAAAGCAAGACUGCACAAGUACAUCAACAAGCCGGGCAGUUACAUCUUCAGACUGAGCUGCACGCGGCUGGGCCAGUGGGCCAUCGGAUAUGUGACCAACGACGGCAACAUCCUACAGACCAUCCCCCACAACAAGCCUCUGUUCCAGGCUCUCAUCGACGGAUACAGGGAGGGCUUCUACUUGUUUCCUGAUGGUCGCAGUUAUAACCCGGACCUGACUGGCCUGUGUGAACCUACGCCUCACGAUCACAUCAAAGUGACACAGGAGCAGUAUGAACUCUACUGUGAAAUGGGCUCCACGUUCCAGCUGUGUAAGAUCUGUGCGGAGAACGACAAAGAUGUGAAGAUCGAGCCCUGUGGCCACCUCAUGUGCACCUCCUGCCUCACCGCCUGGCAGGAGUCAGAUGGCCAGGGCUGCCCUUUCUGCCGCUGCGAGAUCAAAGGCACAGAGCCCAUCAUCGUGGACCCCUUUGACCCCCGCAACGAGGGCAGUAAGUGCUUCUUCCUGGAGCGCCACAGCUGCCCCCUCCUCGACCUGGACGAGGACGAAGAUAGAGAUGAGGGCCUGGUCAUGAACGGGCUCGCUAACAUUAGGAAGGUAUGA